AUGCUGGAGAGGAAGUAUGGCGGUUACUUCCUGAGUCGGCGGGCGGCGCGCACCAUCCAGACGGCGUUCCGUCAGUACCGCAUGAACAAGAACUUUGAGCGGCUGAGAAGCUCUGCCUCCGAGAGCCGGAUGACUCGGCGCAUCAUCCUGUCCAACAUGAGACUGCAGUACUCGUUUGACGAGCGGCAGGGCCAGGGCCAGCCCCAGGGAGAGGGCCAUCCCCAGGGACAGGGCCAGCCCCAGGGGCAGGGGGGACAGCGGUACCCCCACCCUGGAAGGGGGCAGCCCGUGGAUGGAGAGAUGGAGGCUGGGUCUCCUCCACUGUGCCAGGGGGACAUAGAAGAGUACACACACCUGGAUGAGACCUUCUCCAAACAGGUGAAGUCCCUGGCCGACUCCAUCGAUGACGUCUUGACCUGUCAGUCUGGUGAAGACCUUCAGGAGGAAGAGGAGGAGGAGGAAGAGGAGGAGGAAGGCGACGGAGGCGAGACAGGGGUAGUGGCGGACGACUUUGGAGAGUGUGUUUGGAGACCGAGGGAGGGAGACAGACAGAGGGGCGGAGGAAGAGGAAGAGGAGGAGAAAGACAGAGCAUGCACGAGGACAGCAUAGCCACAUCCUACAGCGACGUGACACUCUACAUUGAUGACCCAUCCUCGCCCUUGUCCCUGGACCGCGGCCCUAGCAGCACCGACACAGAAUACUGGAGCCCUGGAGUAGGUGGCGUUGGGGUGGGGGGGCGCGAAGACAGCCGGGACACAGAGGGAGGGGGCAGCAGUAACAGCCGACGCAGCACCCCCUGUACAGAGUCCAUUCCCUCCCACCUGCCCUACCACACCCGACCCUCGUCGAAGACUCCCAUACGCCUCCCGCUGUGGUUGGACUACUCUAUUUCUGAGGGCGCGCUCAUGCCGCCCUCGAGUCAGUGCCAACGCAGCAUGCGGCUCGGCGGCCGUGCAUUCGUGAUUCGGCAGCAGCACCGGAUGAAGCGUCGGCGAGCCUGGGAGGCGACAAAAAUAGGCUGCAGCGGAGUACCCACUGUGUGCACCGUACCCCGACACUCCUCUUCGUCCUCCCAGUCCCGCGGGGAAACCCUCACCCCUCUGUCUUCCUCCUCAUCCACCACACUGCCCCCUGGUGGCGCUUGGAGCAGGUCUGCUGUUCUGGACGGAGACAACGACUCACUCAACUCCACCUCACCAACUCUAACGACACCAUCAACUGCUAACCUCUCCGGGUCCUCGUCACGCGACAGCCUCCGGGAGCCCCUCCACCUCUCGGGAAACAGACCUAUACAGAGAGAGAGCGGACAGCUGAUAGCCCCCUUUAACAACGACGUGUGCAGAGACCGACGAGUACGCAUCGGACUCAAUCUUUGUGUGGUAGAUGAGUUGGACUUCUCAGGGAUGGACCUGGAUGAUGCCCUCAGGAAGUUCCAGGCUCAGAUUAAAGUCCAGGGGGAGGCCCAGAAGGUGGAGAGACUGAUCGAGGCCUUCAGUCAGCGGUACUGUGUGUGUAACCCGGUGCUGAUCCGACAGUUCCAGAACCCUGACACCAUCUUCAUCCUGGCUUUUGCCAUCAUCCUCCUCAACACAGACAUGUACUCUCCCAACGUCAAGCCAGAGAAGAAGAUGAAGCUGGAGGACUUCGUCAAGAACCUCAGAGGAGUGGAUAAUGGUCAGGACAUACCCAGAGACCUGUUAGUAGGAAUCUACCAUCGGAUAGAGAAGUGGGAGCUACGCACCAACGAUGACCACGUGUCUCAAGUACAGGCUGUGGAGAGGGUGGUAGUGGGCAAGAAGCCCGUGCUCUCGCUGCCACACCGCAGAUUGGUGUGUUGUUGUCAGCUGUACGAGGUGCCUGACCCUAACAGAAGCCAGAGGACUGGAGUCCACCAGAGAGAAGUCUUCCUCUUCAACGACCUGCUCGUGAUAACCAAGAURUUCCAGAAGAGGAAGACCUCUGUGACAUACAGCUUCAGACAGUCCUUCCCCCUGGUCGAGAUGCAGGUCCACAUGUUCCAGAACCAGCACUAUUCCCACGGUAUCCGUCUGACGUCGGCCAACCCUGGCGGGGAGAGGAAGGUUCUGAUCGUGUUUAACGCUCCGAGUCAGCAGGACAGAACACGCUUCACCUCCGACCUGAGAGAGAGCAUCACCGAGGUGACGGAGAUGGAGAAAUACAGGGUGGAGUCGGAGUUGGAGAAGCAGAAAGGGGUGGUGAGACCUGUUGUGGGCGGGGCUAGCGGUGGUGGUCUGGGCGGUGGCUUGAAGGGCGAGGCGGUGAAUGGCACUCUGGGUCGACCCAGUCUGGAUGACAGCUAUGCUUCCGCAGACGGACUCAAACGUACCGCGCUCAGCUCAUCACUGAGAGACCUAUCAGACACAGGGAAGCGGGGCCGCCGAAACAGUGCCGUCCUGGACAGUACAAUGGAAGGCUCCAUCAUUAGCAGUCCCAGGCCUCACCAACACCCAGACAUGGCUGGAGGUGUAAUGCCCCCUGGCUGCUAUGACAUCCAAGACUACCGGCCUCACCGCCCCAUCCUGAGCCCCGGAACGGGGGUGGGGGGUGGGCCGGGGCUAAAUCAUCACACCGCUACUGGGACGACGGCACUGGGUCCCAGCAGCGGAGACCGAGGGGGGACGGGAGCCCUGGGGAGCGGGUCUGGAGGGGGAGGGGGCAGUGGAGGCUCCUUCCUGGGUUCCCUGUUCGGGAGCAAGCGCUCCAACACCAAGCCCCCUGGUCCUCUCCUCCCUCUCCUCCCACCUGGGCUGCCACACUACCCUGCACCUGUCCCCCCGCCCACCACCGGCGGCCCGCCCCCACACUCCCCCUCCUCCCUCACCCACUCCGACGCAGGAGGGCCCUCCAAAAUCCAGGCCCUGCACGCCCAAUACUGCUACAACAAUACCGCAGGGCAGCAGCCUCCUCCGCCCUACCACCACCACCACCGCUACCACGCCCAGACAGGACCCGCUCCCAGCCAGCCGUCCUCCACUGCCCAUGGGGCCCCUGGGCCUCAUAUCCUCCACAGGGGCCCCAUGGUAGGGGUCCCCAAGAGGCCGGACCCCGGUCCCGCUCCCUCCCACCCCCAGCUCCAACAGUUGUCCCAGGUUCAGCUGGCCCAGCUGCAGCAGCAUGGUGUACAGUGUGUACAGGGUCACGGGGGUUGCUAUACCAACAUGGGGGUUUCUAUGGGGGUAGGCUGCCCCACUCCACCCCUUUCACCUCACCCCCCUCGCUCCCCGGGGCCCGCACCCCUUACCCUCUACCACACAUACUCCACACACGGUCGGGGAGGAGGAGGCGCCAAGCUCCCUCUUACUCUCUCACACUCGCAACCCCACCCUCACGCCCACACCCACGCCCCUCAUCGUACCGCUCUUACCCACAACCACAGCCCCCAUCCCGGCCUGUCCCUCAGCCCCCAUCCCGGCCUUUCCCACAGCCCCCAUCCCGCUCAACACCCCAAGCACCAGACUCACUUCAUCUUCGCUGCACCGCCGCCUCAGACCCCCGUCGCCCCGGCAACACCCCAAGGCCGCCGCCCACGGCCAAUACACCCUCAUACCCCCCAGAGGCCCGGCCAGCACCAGGGAGGCCAGCACCAGGGAGGGCAGCAGGGGUCUGGCGGGGGCAACAGCAGCACGGGGACGGGCAGCACCACCAGCUCCAAGUCCAAGCCUAUCAACCGCAUCAGCACGGUGGUGUGA